GACCCGUUUACCUGGCUGGCUUUGUGCAGCUGCUUCUUCAUACCGGACACCGACAUCUUGGACGUACGGAUCGGACACGACGUAUCGUGGAUCAGCCGAACCGUCCCCGGGUUCCGACAGCCUCCAUCACGUGUGAAGUGGGUUGACUUCACUUCCCGUGAGCAACAGCGACAUAGUUCCAUCACAUGACUUGUAGCUCCGUCACGUGCCAACAUGGCCGCCACCGUCUCCAACGAAGAUUUCGCCAACCUACAGCUGCUUCUGAAGGCUCCGUCUAAAGGCGCCGUGAGAGACGUUUGCGUCCAGAGUCACAGAGGCUCGAGUCUCCGGCUGGUGGAGUCCACAGCAGCGACGCUCGGCAUCGCAGCGGCCCAGGCUGCUCAGCUGGUCCAGUCGCUCCACGCUCUGUGCCGCCACGUCCUCUUCCACAACCUCAGCUCCCCAGAGCAGAUCCUGCCUCUCUUCCCUGAGUCGUUCCACUCCAGCCUGAAGAACCUCCUCACUAAGAUCCUGCUGGAGAACUGCCCUGUGUGGAGGACGGAAGCGCUCGGCAAUCAGAUUUCGCUCCCUCAGCUGAAGGAGCUGAACUGGAGAGUGGACGUGGUGACUGGCUCAGACUCAGUCAGUCGAAUGUCCAUCCCGACCUGCCUGGUUCAAUUCAAGAACCUGGUCCAGGUCUUCAUUUUGUCUCUGAACAAACGGCGUCUGGUCCCAUUAACGAGCUUCGACCCAGGAAUGAAACAGUCUCUAUGUGGAGGAUCCGUGUUCGUCAGCAGUAAAUGAGUUGGUUUCCACGGUUACGGUGGAGCUGAGCAGGGAGUCUCUGGACACCAUACUGGACGGACUGGGACGCAUCAGAGACCAGUUGUCUGUGGUCGCUGCGAAAUAAAGACUCUUGUUUUAUAGAUGAUAUGAAAAUAAAGGAUUCACCUACAAACCACCAGCAGAUAAUGGACCAGUGUUGGUAUUUGGUCUAAUUAAAUGUGUCUGUGAUCAAGAUGA